UGUUUUACGCAUAAACGCUGAGCGUGCAGUGAGUCGCGUGUGGUUUUUGGUUUGGGUUACAGCGCAACUGAAUGCCACAGUGCUGUCGCGCGCUCAGUCGCACGAGCAUAUCUUGAGAGCUGUAGUUUUAUUCUGCUACCGUGCGACUAAUUUUCUGCUUGUUUGUUACAUCGUACAUGCGUCUUAAUCCUAGAAACCGUUAAAUAUAGGUUACUGACAGUUUUGUACCAGGUUACGGAGGAUUUUUUUUUCUUUAGCCCACUCUGGAUAUAGCUACAUUGGACCAACGAUGUUUCAAUGGACCUGAAUGAGAAGGAUUAUUCUUUUCAUCGUCAAAACUAUAUAUUGCGUGUUUGAAACAACUUACCCACGGAUAAAAAGCGCAAUGAUCAUCUCCACGAUUUACAUAAUUUUACCACUGCUGGAUGUGCUGUUAUCUGCUGAGGAGUCUUACUUUACUAGUUCAAACCGGAUGGACUGUGUGAAGGCGAGCGAGCUGUGUUUGAAGGAGCCGGUAUGCAGCACAAAGUUUCGAACUAUGAGGCAAUGCGUGGCAGGGAGAGAGACCAACUUCAGUAUGGUGACUGGAAUGGAGGCGAAGGAUGAAUGUCGCCUUGCCUUGGAUGCUUUAAAGCAGAGCCCUUUAUAUAACUGCCGCUGUAAAAGAGCCAUGAAGAAAGAAAAGAACUGCCUGCGCGUCUACUGGGGGAUCUAUCAGCAUUUACAGGGGAAUGAUUUACUUGAGGAUUCUCCAUAUGAGCCUAUGAACAGCCGGCUUUCAGAUAUAUUUCGACUGGCCCCCAUCUAUGCAGAGGGAGGGACUGGUGGCAGUCCCUGGAGCAGUCCUGUCACUGUGGCCCCAGGGCGAGGGUCCCAGGGCCGGUCAAGACCACUUGACCCUCAAGACUCCAGUAGAAACAGAAGGGCACACCCGAACUGGGCAAUUCUGGGUGAGCCCGCGCUAGCAAAAGAGAACAACUGCUUGAAUGCAGCAAAGGCCUGCAACCUAAACGACACCUGUAAGAAAUACCGUUCGGCUUACAUAAGCCCCUGCACAAGCCGAGUCUCGACGGCUGAAGUCUGCAACAAACGGAAGUGCCACAAAGCCCUGCGACAAUUCUUCGACAAGGUGCCACCCAAGCACAGCUACGGUAUGCUCUUCUGCUCGUGUCCUCUAGGGGAUCAGUCGGCCUGCUCUGAGCGCAGACGCCAGACCAUCGUGCCAGCCUGUUCAUACGAGGACAAAGAAAGGCCUAACUGCCUGACACUACAAGCGUCAUGCAAGACCAACUACAUCUGCAGGUCUCGUCUGGCUGAUUUCUUCACUAACUGUCAGUCUGAGCCCCGCUCUCUCUCUGGUUGUCUGAAGGAGAACUACGCUGACUGCUUGCUGUCGUACUCUGGUCUCAUUGGUACGGUGAUGACCCCAAAUUAUCUGCGUUCACCCAAGAUCAGCGUGUCUCCAUUCUGCGACUGCAGCAACAGCGGCAACAGCAAAGAGGAAUGCGACAGAUUCACAGAGUUCUUCACUGACAACACUUGCCUGCGCAAUGCGAUCCAGGCGUUUGGAAAUGGGACAGACGUGAGUGUAUGGCAGCCGAUGCCCCCAGUACAAACCACCACCUCUAUAACAACACCAUCCCAGAGGGCCAAGGAUCGAGAAAAAUCACCUAAUGUCAUAGAGCACAACCAUCUCAACCCAGCUGAUAACUCCCUCUACCAGUUCUGUGGUAGCCUGCAGGCUCAGAAGCAAAAGACAAACAACACAAUAGAUGUGUUAUGUGUGGACCCACAGAUCGAUGACCCCAGCUCCUCCAAUGACAUCUCCAGGAAUUCGUCCACUCGGCAGGUGUCUUUAUCAGCCCUUAGCUCUCUGCUGCUCCUACUGGCAACCUCCUUGCACUGCAUCUUCAUCGCGCUGAUGUUGUAGCCACCUAAGAACAUAAAAAAAAUGGACAGUCACAAUUUGUACAAAGUCAAUCGCUGUUCCUGGUCAAUCUGUUGUACUCCGUUCUCUCUCUCCUUCUCUCUUAGCCCAUCCCAUCCUCUCUUUCUCUCGCUGGUCUGUUUUUUAAGAGCUUUCGUUAUUGUUGAUGCAAUGAAACUAAGUGGUAUUGGUGUACUUUAGUUUCCGUCUCUUCUCUCCUGAUUUUGCGUUGGAAGACGAAACGUGAAAGAAAUGCAAGAGUGCCUCGGAUUCAUUGCAGCAUUCCUGUGCGAUGUUGUGCCGUCUACGCAACCGCUGGUGUUUCGAGGGCCAGAAAUCAUAAGGACUCCUGUCACCGCAGUAGAGAUUAAUCUUAUCUGUGCGUAUGUGUACUUAAAGAUGCAGUGUGCACCAUCCAUUGCUCACUGGUACACACAAACGUGAGAACAAGACACUAUAGAGAUGUGCUCACUGUUUAUUUACACAAAUGGUCUUCAAUCUUUUAUUUUGGUUGACGUUUUGGUGAAAAUUAGAUUCUCACAAAUUGUGCUCGUCCUCUGUAGUUUUUCUAUAGCAUCAUUGGCCCGUCUGUAGGUCAAACAUAUCAAAAGUCACAGAAAAUGAAAGGUGGGUUUAAUUAUCAAGAAUUUCCAGCUCAGCUUUAACUGAAUGACCAAAAGGACAGUAGCUUGUCUGAUAAGACAUUGGUUUUGGAGGAGCCUAUUUGUUUGUGUGUGUGUGGCUGCAUGUGUGGAUGCGCAAUGCUGUUUGUUUGAACAUGAGGAUCAGGUCACAGGUUAACUGGAUGGAUAUGUCAGUAGAACUGGGGUUUCAUAACUCCUAUGCCACAGUUUACAGAGAAAACAUGGACUUAGGCUGGAAAGCUAUUGAUUUUUGGACAAGGUUCUAUUUUACAAUUGCAUAUACAAGUAUCUAUAAAUUGAGUAUCACCACUCAACUGGCUAAACCAACUGGCAUCAGCGUAUCUAUCAAGUGUAAAUUGCCUUUCUGAUGUUGCUUUGACGGAGAUUUUCAUACUUCGGCCCAAACUAAACAUGCAAACUAGUCAUGUAUGUAUUAUAUACUGUAGCCAGUUUUUUGUACUGUAUGUCUAUACAAAAGUUACUGAAAGUAUCAGUGAUCCUGCACCAUAAUUACUUCAAAUCAGUGAGAAUUCUAUAUGUCAGUAUGAGGCAUGUGCAGUUAAACCACCUCGAGUCUAUGACAUGCUGCUUUGAUUCAUGUGGCAUUUUGAACAAAAAAAUUAUUAUGUAUGGUUGUACUUCAUGUUAUUUACAGAACAUUUUAAGUGCUACAUAAAAAAAACCACAAACAUAUAUAUACUUCAACAUGAGCUUUGUUUAUAGAGCCUGCUAUAUUUGAAUUGGGAUCUGGUUGUACAAUGCAUUAUCAUAUUGGAUGAGGAUUUAUUGUUUUUCUCAGUAACUAUAUAUACAGUAUAUUUUUUUUAGAGAUAACAGUACAAAUUGAAGACUUACUGUACAUCUGUUAUUAUUGCUGUCUAGUAACUCAAAUGAAGGACAUAUACAUUUACUAUAACACUAUUGUUUUAUGGUAAGCCAAAAAGAAAAGGGAAAGAAACUCUUAUUUUUGUAUCUUUUUGCAUUAUGGGUUUAUUUAUUGUAAUGUUGUAUUUUCUGCUGGUAAGCAGGACAGGAACUUUAAAAGUAUGAGCAUUAAAAAAACCAAGCAUGAGAGAUGGAAAUGCAAUAAAGGCUAUUGGUAUGGAUUCUACGCAGGCAUUCUUUUCUGGCUUUGAACGCAACACAAAGUUGCUGUAUGCGUCAGAUGGGAGCAGGAAAGUGAGAAUCCCACAUUGUAAAAAUCUAUAUUUCUCUAUAGUCACAUCUUAUUGCUCCACAGCAUUUAAAAUGCAAAUACAAGACUCCUACACAAUCUGUCACAUUUCUUCUUAGCUUGUGAAAAUGUAAAAAGUAUUCUAUGAAAACAAUUAAAAAUGUUGACAUUCA